UUUUCGCUUUAAGAAUCACAUAGAUAUGUUAUGUUAUUUCAUAUUACGGUUCGUAUUAUGGAGCACUUGCGCAAACACCGCUGACAUAUAACGUUAUACAUAUAUAAACUGGUAUAGUUCGGUCGGGGCUUAUUCAAUUCAAUUUUUGUGUACGAGGUUGGUGCUAGAGGAAAUGGAUUGGACAAAGUAUUUGGUGCUAUUUAUUUUGAUGGUCGUGGUAUCAUCUACUUCGACCUCAAAGAAGAACCACCAUGAACAUUCGCAUUCUUCCCACAAAGUCGAGAAGAAUUCGAAGAUCGAGAAAGCUCUUUUAACAAAGAGUCAUGGACCGUUCUCAUCGUACGGUUUAUUCGCUUCAGCUUUCUCGGAUCACAAAACCUCACACAGGAUAUUAAAGGAAAUAUCGGAAUUGAAAGCAGCAACUAACUUAAACGAAGCAUUCCACGGAAUUUACUUGAUUGCUAAAGUCGUCUCCGACACCAUUGAGGAGUGGAUUCCAGAACUUGGCACAGCUGUCGCGAGACUUUUCCUCGCUCUCGGUCGAGGCCACGCCUGCCUCCCCGGCGGAGCCCUAAAACAACUGGCCAAAGAUUUGGAUCUUGACAUUUGCAAGAAGGACUACGGCGUGGAAUGGGGCUGGGAGUAUUAUGAGGGAGAAUACGACGAUGUCUCAACUUACUUGACUGGCUGCGGUCUGGACUCGGAUUACUUCAGCAAAAUAACGAGUCUAAUUGAAAACAGCGGGAACUUCACAGAAGGAAGACCCCGCAUAAUCAUCAAAGCGGUCAAAGAACUAUUGGAGAUUUUCAAACGCGACCCAAGCAGCUGGAGUCUAAAUGAAUUCGGAAUUGGUUUGGCUCAAUUGAUAAAGACAGCCGCGGUCCUGGCAGAGAGCUAUCGCGUCGGCUUGGGAACACAAAUCGUUGAUGGUUUCCGGCAGUUCUUCUACGACGUCAGUCAGGAGUACGGAAUCGAAAUCACAACACAACUUGAGGACAUCAAAGAAGCGAUUAAGAGCACGAAAUGCUUCAAUUUCGGUGUUCUGAAGUCGUGCGACAGCGGUUACACCGAAAUCGAUGACCUCAACGACAAUGACAAGCCAGCUCCUCGGCAGAGUGGUGCCGAAACUGUUAUAGUCUACACGGACGCCGACAAUGACGAUGACGACUUCAGCGAUCUAGAUGAAGAAAUAAUAAGACUGUUCUCCUCCGACGAGGAAAUCGAUGACGACAAAUCCGUCAUUCCACUUGACUACGCAAGAGCGAACGAUGAAUCGUGGUACGUCAACGAUGCGGGCUACGAAGAUACAGUUUUAGAUGAUAAUGGUGAUGCUGCAAACGAAAAUACCGACAGAUCUGGAGGCUUCAUUGUUAAUGAUUCACAAGCAACUGACACCAUCACUGGUGGUGGUAAACGAAAAGGCAGCGCUGACAACGAUGAUGAUCAACGUGUAGUCGAAACCUUUAUUGAUGAAGUGGCUAACUCUGAUGAUCCCUCAUUUAACAAUAAAUACACUUGGAACUAUAUUAAAGCGCAAAAAGACAAAUACUCUGAUGGUGAUAAUAGUGACGGUAAAUUUAAGGAGCUGUCCGACUCGGACUACAAAGAGGAUCAUCGAUCCCAAAAAACGUUCACCAAAACGGUCGUUUCUGAGGAUAGCAAAAGCGAUGCCGCUCUUAAAUCUCCAACAGUUAUUUUUGAAAAUUCCAAACAGAAAUCGAAGCACAGCCAUUAUAGUAAUAAAGAAAAACAUUAUCUUGUUUCUGAUGCAACAGGACAACAAGACGGUGUUGCUCACGAGACGGCUCCGUCCGGAAGCACAUCUAAAUUGAAAGAGGACGACACAACAACCGAAGCUAGUUCCGACGAAAAGACCGGAACCACAAAUGAAAGAGAUAGUAAAUCUACAAGCACUAAAGACGUUUAUUCCGGAUCCGGUCUAGAAACUUUCCUCUCGUGGUUCUUACCGAAAACGAAGAAAGACAAUGAAAUAUUUAAGACGACGCAUACGGCUGUAACAAAAACAGAUAAUGUUGAUGCGGCAAAAACAAAAACUGUCUCCGUUAGCGAACAAAACGAGCAAUUCCAACACAAGAACCAUCGGAGUGGAACCUCAUCAGAAAAAGACAUUGAUGACGGUAAAGAUUCUGUAAUCCAGCAAGACGAAACAAUUAUCGUUGAUAGCCAACAGAAAAAAGAUAAUACUGCGACAACAGGUAUGAAGAGUGACGAAUAUGAUGAUGAUCCUAAUGAACAAUCAAAAAAUGUUGUCGUAACAAAAGAGAAUAAACCAACUUCUACCGAAGUAACAAAACAUAAACACAGCCAUCAUAAACAUAAACAUGACACUGUGAUUGAAAGUAAACCAGUCCAAGAAGUCGAAAAGCACAGUGAAACUAAAGAAACACGAAAAGAACAUUCUGAAGAAAGCACAGUAACAAAGGAGACUAAACCAACACCUACCGAAAUAACAAAACAUAAACACAGCCAUCAUAAACAUAAACAUGAUAUUGUGAUUGAAAGUAAACCCAUCCAAGAAAUCGAAAAACACAGUGAAACUACAGAAACAACAAAAGAACAAUCUGAAGAAAGCACUGUAACAAAGGAGACUAAACCAACACCUACCGAAAUAACAAAACAUAAACACAGCCAUCAUAAACAUGACACUGUGAUUGAAAGUAAACCAGUCCAAGAAGUCGAAAAGCACAGUGAAACUAAAGAAACACGAAAAGAACAUUCUGAAGAAAGCACAGUAACAAAGGAGACUAAACCAACACCUACCGAAAUAACAAAACAUAAACACAGCCAUCAUAAACAUAAACAUGAUAUUGUGAUUGAAAGUAAACCCAUCCAAGAAAUCGAAAAACACAGUGAAACUACAGAAACAACAAAAGAACAAUCUGAAGAAAGCACUGUAACAAAGGAGACUAAACCAACACCUACCGAAAUAACAAAACAUAAACACAGCCAUCAUAAACAAAAACAUGAUAUUGUGAUUGAAAGUAAACCCAUCCAAGAAAUCGAAAAACAUAGUGAAACUACAGAAACAACAAAAAAACAAUCUGAAGAAAGGACUGUAACAAAGGAGACUAAACCAACACCUACCGAAGUAACAAAACAUAAACACAGUCAUCAUAAACAUAAGCAUGAUAUUGUGAUUGAAAGUAAACCCAUCCAAGAAAUCGAAAAACACAGUGAAACUACAGAAACAGCAAAAGAACAAUCUGAAGAAAGCACUGUAACAAAGGAGACUAAACCAACACCUACCGAAGUAACAAAACAUAAACACAGUCAUCAUAAACAUAAACAUGAUACUGCGAUUGAAAGCAAACCCGACCAAGAAAUUGACAAGCACAGCGAAACUACAGAAGCAACAAAAGAACAUUUUGAAGGAAACAUUAUAACGAAGGAGACUAAACCAACACCUACCGAAGUAACAAAACAUACACACAGCCAUCAUAAACAUAAACAGGAUACUGUGAUUGAAAGUAAACCCAUCCAAGAAAUCGAAAAACACAGUGAAACUACAGAAACAACAAAAGAACAUUCUGAAGGAAGCACUGUAACAAAGGAGACUAAACUAACACCUACCGAAGUAACAAAACAUAAACACAGCCAUUAUAAACAUAAACAUGACACUGUGAUUGAAAGCAAACCAGUCCAAGAAGUCGAACAGCACAGUGAAACUACAGAAAUAACAAAAGAACAUUCUGAAGGAAGCACUGUAACAAAGGAGACUAAACCAACACCUACCGAAGUAAAAAAAAAUAAACACAGCCAUCAUAAACAUGACACUGUGAUUGAAAGUAAACCAGUCCAAGAAGUCGAAAAGCACAGUGAAACUACAGAAACACGAAAAGAACAUUCUGAAGGAAGCACUGUAACAAAGGAGACUAAACCAACACCUACCGAAAUAACAAAACAUAAACACAGCCAUCAUAAAAAUAAACAUGAUAUUGUGAUUGAAAGUAAACCCAUUCAAGAAAUCGAAAAACACAGUGAAACUACAGAAACAACAAAAGAACAUUCUGAAGGAAGCACUGUAACAAAGGAGACUAAACCAACACCUACCGAAGUAACAAAACAUAAACACAGUCAUCAUAAACAUAAACAUGAUACUGCGAUUGAAAGCAAACCCGACCAAGAAAUUGACAAGCACAGCGAAACUACAGAAACAACUAAAUAUCAUAACGAAGAUACCGUUGUAACAAAAGAUAAGACAGGGAAUAAACAAACGUCCACUGAAGUAAUAAAACAUAAACACGAAAACGACGAAAAGUCCGUUACAGAAAAGCUUAUAUCGUACGUAACUCAUAGAUCGGUCGACAACAGCAAUAAAGGAAAUCGGAAAGUCAUCAUCAGCGAGAACCCAAUCAUUAUAAACGCGCCAUCUCGAAGGAACAAAUACACGAAUUACGAAAAAGUUGAUUUCACUAAGAUAAAGCAAUUCAGUCCACUCGCGCCAUUUGGCGUAUUCGCGCGAGGAAUCACAAGUAAAUGCGAGGAGUCUGCAGCUCUCUUCAGUAGCUUGUCCAGAAAACGAUCUCCGCGCAGCUUCCGGGAGGCUGUAGACACGGUUGUCGCAACCGUCAGAGCCAUCAGCCUUAUAGUCGACGGCUGGAUUCCGACACUUGGUACCCGCUUCGCUGACAUGGUCAUGGUGAUCCUCAAAACGCAAACUUGCGUUCCGCUGAAGCAAGAAUUUCCAGAGUUAGCGUACGUUUGUGACGCCAGCUUCGGAUCUGCUUGGGGUUGGACCUCGUUCCCGACUUGCGAGAGCCGCAGCCAGCUGGUGCGAGACCUGGGCCUGGUGGGCAUCAAACACACAAUUGAGACCAUGCUCAGUCAGCACGGAAAAGGGAAGGCGCCACACCAGUUAAUCGGCUCUCCAGCUGUAAUAGCGCAGUCGAUUCACCAAAUAUCCAUUUUUUAUGAACAAGAUCCAGAGGAAUGGAACUUGGAGCACUUAGCAGCUACAUUCGCAAGAACGACAACCAUAUUGGGCGCGCUCGGGAAUAGCUACAAGUCAGGACUUGGACAGUUCAUGGCUGAGGGAUUCCUGAAUUACUUCAAAUACGUCGGAAACUACUAUCAAAUUGAUUUAAGCAUCUAUGUAUCCAAGAUAUACAAAGAUCUGACCUUCUGCAAAGCGAACGCGCUUGAGGGCGUCAUUCUGGACGGGACCACGGACUACAUCGAGGAGCAUCCUAACAUAAAAUACGUAAUCAUCCGACACGUGCACGACCAAGUCCGUCGUGCGAACCGGAAUAGAAGGAACGGCAGUAAAGUAUACGAAAAAUCCGGGAGCAAAACUGGUAUAAGAAAAGUAAUUAUCGUCAGGAAGGGCGACCCUUCUGGCAAUAACGCGGCAGGCUAUGCCUAUGCUGAGGCGGGCCCGCGUAACGCAGUGUAUAACACGAACACAGAUAAUUCCGGUAGCGUUGCUUAUGCUGCGGCACAAUCGCAAGUGAACAGCCAACAGCAAGGUCUUAAUAAUGGAGGUGGAACUGUUUACUUAGAGGAAGCAAAAUCGCAGGGCGGACAAGGAAAUUCCGGUAGCGUUGCUUAUGCUACGGCACAAUCGCAGGCGAGCAGCCAACAGCAAGGGCUCGGUAAUGGAGAUGGAAUUGUUUACUUAGAAAAAGCAAAAUCACAGGGCGGACAAGGAAAUUCCGGUAGCGUUGCUUAUGCUACGGCACAAUCGCAGGCGAGCAGCCAACAGCAAGGGCUCGGUAAUGGAGAUGGAAUUGUUUACUUAGAAAAAACAAAAUCACAGGGCGGACAAGGAAAUUCCGGUAGCGUUGCUUAUGCUACGGCACAAUCGCAGGCGAGCAGCCAACAGCAAGGGCUCGGUAAUGGAGAUGGAAUUGUUUACUUAGAAAAAGCAAAAUCACAGGGCGGACAAGGAAAUUCCGGUAGCGUUGCUUAUGCUACGGCACAAUCGCAGGCGAGCAGCCAACAGCAAGGGCUCGGUAAUGGAGAUGGAAUUGUUUACUUAGAAAAAGCAAAAUCACAGGGCGGACAAGGAAAUUCCGGUAGCGUUGCUUAUGCUACGGCACAAUCGCAAGCGAGCCGCCAACAACAAGGCCUUAAUAAUGAAGGUGGAAAGGUUUACUUAAAGGAAGCAAAAUCGCAGGGCGGACACGGUAAUUCCGGUAGCGUUGCUUACGUUGGGACACAAUCGCAAGCGAACGGCCAACAGCAAGGGCUUUAUAAUGGACGUGGAACUGUUUACUUAGAGGAAGCAAAAUCGCAGGGCGAGCAAGGAAUUGCCGGUAGCCUAGCUUAUGCUGCGGCUCAAUCGCAAGCGAACGGCCAACAGCAAAGCCUUAAUAAUGGAGGUGGAACUGUUAACUUAGAAAAGAGACAUUUUCAAGGCGGUUAUGGAAACGCGAAUAGAUUUACUUACGCCCCGGCAGGACCGCAGCUUAUUGGCCAACAGCGAAACCAUAUCAAUGAGCUCGGAAGCGCUUACUUAGAAGCGGGAAGAUCACAGGUUCAAAACGCAAACGCUGGGAGCGUAGCUUACGGUGCUUUAGGAUCACAAGCAAACACCCAAAAUCAAUAUAACGGAGACAAUAGACUCAAUAAUCGACAUGUCAAUAACAUUGGCGAAGACAAAUUAAGGGCAAUAGGUGAACAAUACCAUAGGGGAUAUUCGAGCGAUCGUAAUGCAGUGAAUACGCAAAUCGAAGGUUCACUUCUAAAUCACAGUGGCCACGUUCCAUCGCCAAACGAUUUCAGGAUACAGAAUCCCGGGCAACUCGCAAACAACGUCGGAACCAACCAAAAUAAUAUUUACGGCAAUAAACAGUUUGGAUAUGGACCUCAGCAGGGGAGCGGUUAUCAGCAAAAGAACUACAGAAAUAUAAAUGAAAACGGGCAGGAUAAAAUUCACGGAGGUGAGAAUACAGAAGCAGGAGGCCAUAGCCCGGGCUUAGUUGGCGGUCUCUUCAAAUACUUGCUGGGCGGAAAAACGCAGUGAAGAAGCGUGAACCAUGAAACCGAACAACUAAACAUCAAACAAAUCAAUUGUUCUAACAUAAUUUUCUAAACCUGCAAUUAACACAUAAUUACAACCUAUUCAUUUGCUUUACCACAAAAAAAAAGAAAUCAUUCUUGGAUUCGCGAAAACAUAUAAAUAUAUAAGAUUAAAGUCCACAGAAUUCAUUAUUAAACUUUUUUUUUAACUAAUCACAAUUACUUUACUUUCUCAUUCGAAUCGUUGGGAUUAUGGAAAACAUUUAUCAGGGCUUUAUGGGCGAAACGGCAAAUAUUUAUACUAACAGCUGAUAAAACGCCGCCAUUUUCUAACAACUUUUAACUGACCAGCGAUUAAUAAAUUUGUAAUGUUUUAAAAUAAUUUAGUAAUAAAACAAAUAAACAGUUACGUGUGCGGUUAAUUUAAAUAGUGGAAAUAAAAAUGAAUGAAACAGAUAAAA